AUGGUAAAUUGGCCCGUCCUUUCUCAAUGGUUUCUCAUAGCAAUUAAACAUAGGAACAAGUUCUGUUUUACUGGCGGAUACCUCGUUUCUUCCGUCCAACUUCCGGGAAUCAACAACAUUGUUGGACUAUGGCCUGCCGUAUGGGCUAUGGGAAAUCUAGGACGUGCAGGAUAUGGUUCAUCACUUGACGGCAUGUGGCCUUACACGUACGACAGCUGCGACGUUGGCACAGCGCCUAACCAGACAAUCAACGGACUACCGGCAAUAGCUCAAACAAGUGGUGCUGAAGACGCCAACUACGUGCUAUCAUACUUGCCUGGGCAGAGACUGUCGCGGUGCACCUGUGAUGGACAAAGUCAUCCAGGUCCGAAGCACAGUGACGGUACCUACGUUGGACGGGCCGCCCCUGAAAUCGAUGUAUUCGAGGCACAAGUCAGCGACGGGACAGGGUCAAGUCCAUUUGACGCCGGAUACGUUUGGGACAAUAAUACUACUAUAUCCAAGCUCAAUACCUACAUUGGUGGGAAGACCCAGCAGGCAACCUCGUUGUAUCGCGAAACGAACCAAGAAUGCUAUCAAUUAGCAUCUGGAUGCUUGCCAUCUACGGAUUUGGAGACCGUACCGCUCAUUUGUUUCGAAGGCUACGCUUCAGAUAACGCUUACAUUUCUUGGAUCAACGAUGGCAAACUCGCCUGGACAAUAAACGCUGCUGGGGUCGGGGCAAAUACCGCCACGGAACAUUUCUGCUCUACAUCAUGGCUUAAUUUGGGCAUGUCCACCAACUUCGGAGAAGUCGAUCUAGAUCACAUCACGUUCCCUGCGGGUUAUGACCCGGAUAACAUCAACAUCGGAUGUGACCCGGAAGAUUACCCGACAGCCGAGUAUAUUGCGACUUACAAUGAGGCGUACCACAACCCCAAUUUAACAACAUGGGUCGAUGACUACGGUCAGACCAUGCCUAAAAAUUCACUUGUCGACGGAUGCUAGAUCUCAUUUAUUUUUGUAUACAUCACGGACAACGUUAACGACAGUAAUGCAUUGCAAUCGCUGGAGCGAUGAUAUCCUUCGUUACCCUCACUACCUUAGCAUUUGUCGGUUACACGCACACCGCAUUCUGUAUCGAUAUAUAUAUAGGACUAUUACAGUACAUUUACAUAGAGG